ACAAGGUUCAGGGCCCGCCGAACCUCCCUUAAAGUGCCGACGACACAGCCAAGUUCACGAAGCUCAACAAUUUUCAGACGAUGUCCUAAAAAACCCUAAAAUUGCAGAGAAAACCAACCUCCAUCUAUUUUCUCGCUCGUAGUUUUGGGAGACCGAUUCGAUCCUGAGAUUGCAGAGAAAUAAAGCCAUUUUUUCCUAACCCUAAAACUUUGCAGGGAAAACACAUUAUGUAUCUAAUGGUGGCCUUCUAGCUUGUGUCGUCCGUAAAGGCUCAUUCUUUCUCAAUUGAUCAGCACCCCAUUAUUCUGCAACUUUCCAUUAUCAAACGUUCCUUCACCUAUAGAAAGAGGGCCAUUGCGAUGCUUGAACAGAUGAAAGGUCCAGGAGUUUGCCAGAGUGUUUUUGAGAAAACGUAAUCCGAACACUAGAGUUGCAGAGACACCCGGUCAAUGCAGGCUUGCGAACUGUUCAUAGAUGGUAAAAAAACGCUUUACUAUUACAUUUUCACAUUAGCUCCCAUUGUUCCGCAAUUCGUCAUGACCCAUUGUUCCCAUUCCCUAAAGAAAGCAGCUCAUAAAGUAUGCACUGUGUUAUUACAACCCAAAAACCGAACUUUUUCCACAAAUCUUUUGGAUGAGACCCUAACCCGAAAUUUCCAGGAAUGCCCAACUCUUUCCCCAAAUCUGUUGGCUCGAAUGCUAACUCUAAAUUUGCAGAAAAAACCAAUUUGCCACCAAAAUCCUUUGAACAAAAACCUAACCCUAAAUUUGCAGAGCAACCCGUUUCUUCACUGGCCAAGAGCCGUACAUGCCUCUGCUGAUUCCAUUCCAGAGGAGACUCCAUCAACCUCUGCUCACUCCGGUCCCCGAAUCUCUCGGUGUGCUCGAAAUGAAGCUGAAGAUGCUCUCUUGGACUAUCUCCACUGCACGAGAUGCUUAAGUUUCCCUGACGCAGAGCACAUAAGCAAGAAUUCACCCACUUUUAUUCACUACCUCUUAUCAAAAGUUGAGAACAAGCAAGAGAUUGGUCGCUCAGUUUCGAGGUUUUUACGAUACCAUCCCAUUAAUGAAUUCGAGCCAUUAUUUGAAAGCUUGGGGCUAAAACCUUGUGAAUUUGCCUCUCUACUCCCUCGUGGCCUUAUGUUCUUAAGUGAUGAUCAAUUAUUGUUAGACAAUCUCCGUGUUCUGUGUAAAUAUGGUGUUUUGCAUAGUGAGAUAGGGAAUAUGUACAAGGAAGAGAGAGAAAUUUUCAGGCAUGAAGACGGUGUCUUGCUUUCGAAGCUCAAAGCUUAUGAGGAGCUGGGUUUCAGUCAACCUACUGUUGUAAAGAUUGUGGCUUCUUGUCCUUCUCUUCUCGUUGGGAAUGUUAAUGAGGAAUUUUCUAGGUUAAUUGUAGAAAUUGAAGGUUUGGGUAUUGAAAAAGAUUGGAUAGGGGGUUUUUUAUCCCCAAAGAACAAGUAUAAUUGGAAAAGAAUGUGGAGAUUAUUGUCUUUUUUGGAAAGGAUGGGUUUCAAGAAGAGGGAAUUAGCUGAAGUUAUUGAGAAGCACCCAAAUUUCUUCUUCGAAGGUUCAGGAGAGAAUAUGUAUACUCUAAUUGCUCUAUUGAUGAAAUUGGGUUUUCACAUAAAUGAUAUCAUGAGCUUGAUUUGGAAUUUCCGGAGAGAUUCAAGCCCAAAUCUAGCGAAGAAUUUUUGGCAUGGGAUACAUUUCCUAUAUGAAGCUAGGUUAACAGUCGGGGAUAUAGUUAGGCUCGUGCACUCACACCCUCGUGUCUUGAGUUCAUGCACUUUAAAAAGGCCCAAUUCGGUGCAGAAACAGCUGAAUGUGGGGAUCAAACGUUUAGGCUUGAUAAUUUUAGAGGACCCAAAUCGAUUAAGAGAUUGGGGAUUGCGGACGAAGCUCCACCCAGUUUCUGGUCCCUCAGAGGAUGAGCUAUCAUUACUCAAGAAGACGCAGUUCUUGUUAAAAUUAGGAUUUGUUGAGAACUCAAAGGAGAUGGUCAAUGCUUUGAAGCAGUUUAAAGGCAAAGGGGAUGAAUUACAAGGGAGGUUUGACUGUUUAGUAGGAGCAGGAUUUGAACCUAAUGAAGUCUCUCACAUGACAAAGCUUGCUCCUCCAAUAUUGCAACAAAGCCAAGAAAAGCUCCGGAUAAAGAUAGAUCUCCUUGUAAAUAGAUUUGGGUAUCCUCUGAAAUGUUUGCUGCCUUAUCCCUGGUUUCUUUGUUAUGAUGUGGGAAGGAUCAAGCUUAGGUUUUCAAUGAAUGAAUGGCUCAAAGAGAAAGGGGUAACCAGCCACACAUCGGCUAUAGGUAGUAUUAUUGCCUGUUCAGAGAAGAGGUUUAUAGAGAGGUUUGUCAGUCUCCACCCUGAAGGUCUGGAGGUUUGGGAGGAAUUAAACACAUAGAUGAUUUUGGGAUGAGGUUUUAUCUUUCAUUUUGAUUAGUUGUCUCGAUUUGCAGAGAUAUAUGCAAGCUUUCAAUGAUUUAUCUUGUAAUCCUCACUUUGCAUCCUGUAUUUUUCUCUCUGCAUCUUUUAUCAAAAGGAUUCAUCAUACUGCGCAUGAUCUUGGCCAGAAGGCUAUAAAUUUUCAUGAUUAUACAAAUAGCCAAAGGAAAAAAAUGAUCCAGUACCUAUUUUUUUUGUUGUGUAGCUGGGGCUCUGUCUUGGUUCAAACUUGAAAGGAUUCUUUCCUUAUUUUUAAGGUGGCGUCCCUUGAGCAUAUUUUUUCAGGAGGAGGUCACACUUGUGAGGCUCUGAUUUUCUGAAAAUUUUCAUACCAAAAUGUUUGUAAGAGAACUAGUUUAUUUUGGAUUUGUUUGGAGAAGAAUUGAUGAUGUGAUAGUGAUUAGGGCCUUACAAAAUCUUACCAGACAUUCGAAGGUAUGGAGGUUGGGCAGGCAUUAAAGAAAUAAAUGUUCUUGGGAUGAGGUCUUAUCUUUCUAUUUGAUUCAAUUGUGUGGAUUUACUGAGCUAUAUGCAAGCUUUCACUGCUUUAUCUUCUAUUCCUUACUUUUUCCUUUAUGUUGUCUCUAUACAAUCUCUGAUUGAAAGGCACUUGAUCUUAGCCAGAGGGCCAAGAAAGGUAUACGGUUUCAUCAUCAUACAUUUUGCCGAGAAUAACAUAAGAUGGAUUCAUUAAACGGUUUCUCUGUUGUGUUGCUGACAUUUUGUCUAGGUACAAACUUGUAAGGUUUCAUUUUUAUGGGCUUCCUUGAGCUUAUUUUCUCUGAAGGAGGUCACACUUUCAAGGCUCUGAUUGGCUCAAAAUUUUCUUACCAAGGCAUUUAAACUUGGGGCAUGAAAAAACUAAAUCUAUUUUAGAUUUGUUUGGAGAAGAAUUGAUGGCGUGGAUGAGUGCCUAGGGAUUGGACAGGUUGAAUUUCUAUCUGAAAUGAGUUAAUCAAUUAAGUAUUGGUUUAGAGGGAAUAUGAGGUUGAGAUCCAAGUCAAACAUAAGAGAUUUUGGAUGGAGAAAAAGAAUGGAGUAUGCUAUUUGGUGUUAGCCUUUUCUUAGUGGAGUCAUGUGUUGUUCGUAUAGUGUCUUCCUAAUGUGAAUCCAAAUGAACUCUAUAACAAUGAGUUUGAAACAGUUUAUAUGGCAGGUUACGUUUCAGGAUUCUGCAAAGAUUAGCAUCGCUUGUGCUAUAUAAACGGAUACUGUUAAGUUAUAUGCCUGUCAACCAUGGCAAGAUUGGACCUCAGGUGAUCGAUGACAUUUUUUUGUUUUUUGGGUAAGAUCACAAACAUGACUUGAUUCGGAAAUCAACUGUUGCAUUGCGUUGGAGUGGAAGCUAGCCUCCCCUCGAAAGUAGUGAAUCCUCAAUUCCUCAUACACUCGUUGGAGUGAAAGAUGAUAGCUUCCACUCGAAAGUAGUGAAUCCUCAAUUCCUCAUACAAUCGAUGGUAAGUUUUGUGUUAUUCUUUCGUUUGGCUUUGUCCAUCUCAUUUUGUUAAUUGGUGUAUCAAUUCUUGUAAAAAUUUGUGAGGCAGAUAUUUCACAAUCGCUGAGGGUAAGGUAUCUAUAGGAUAUAACAGAUCAUUUUCUUCAAUCAUAUUCCACAGAAGUAAAUUAUCGUACCCAAUCUGGUCAUGGAUCUUAACAAGAGAAGAUCAAAAAGAAGGCGCCAUGAAGUGGACCCAAUACCCUGUCCAUGUGGCCAACUUAUAUGAAACAUUAAUUAAUGAUAUGAAUUUGAGGCUUUGAUCU